CAUCACCCACUGACCGACUGAAGACUGAAGCCGUUCCAGUUCCUUCUCCAGCAGCUUGUUUUUUACUGGAGGAUCUAUUCAGAUUUUGCUUAUCUUGUUUGGUUUUAAUCCUGAAACGCGAUGAGCGCCGUCACCGCGACAGUUGCCCCGAGCGACCAGCCCACGUUCAAGCGGGCCGUGCGGAAGAUCAAAUGCGCAGCCAUGGUCGCGAACUUGGCCAAGAGCUGGCAGGGCUGGGCCAACGAGCACAGUGGAAAGCAGGAGUCCAUCCCCAGCGGCUGGAUGCCUUCAUCCAUCGAGGACGGGGACAAAAAAGAGCGCUCACAUGUGGUCAAGCUGACCGUCACGCCUCGCGUGGUCACGGCGGACAAAUCUGCCGCUGACAAGAUCCGAUCCAUGUCGGUGACCAAGACUGUCCAGCCCAAGAUUAGUGAGUGCGGAGGCGGCGAUUUGGUCAACGCCAUCAGGGGAAAGAUGGAGGCUGUUCCAGAGGAGAGUAAGACCUUCCUAGGGAAGGAAUCGCCGACGCGGCGCCGCCAAAUGAGGGCGCUGCGGAGCAGUGCGGGUGGCGGCGUGAUCCAGGACAGGAAGUUGAUGUUGCAGGAGAAGACGUCAGGGUCCAGGAGCAGCAGCGUGGACACUGAGGACAGCGGAAUCGGCGAGGAGAUCAGCGACAGCGGCGAACCAAAAUCAGAGCAAAAUGACAUCAUCUCCCGAAAACAGACCAACAGGCCGAAGAUCAAGAUCGCCACCAUGGGCGACAUCAAGAGCCGCUGGCAGCAGUGGUCCGAGCAGCACGUGGAAGGCCAGAAACUCAACCCCUUCAGCGAGGACUUCGACCACGACUACGCCAUGGCCCAGAGGCUGCGCAAGGGCGACGAAGGCUACGGCCGCCCCAAAGACGGCUCCAAGACGGCUGAGCGCGGCGACCGGGCCCAUAAGCACAUCCACAGAGAGAUGGAGGAGAUGGUGUGGAUCAUCAGGGACAUGGGCUUUAAGGACAAGGAGGGCCGGACCAUCAUCAGCUUCGGGCGACUCUUCGACCGCUACGUGAAGAUCUCUGAUAAGGUGGUGGGAAUCCUGCUGCGCUGCCGCAAGCACAAGAUGCUGGACUUUGAGGGAGAGAUGCUUUGGAAGGGUCAGGACGAUGAUGUCAUCAUUACACUGAGAGACUAACACACCCAACAUCCAAGCAGAAGAAAAUACCAACAGAGACCACAUACAACUACCUUCAGAGAUCUAUUCCACUGCAUGUAACCAUGAUCCCUUCACUCUAAAACAAAAAUAUAUCUUCUUGUUCACAGAUGGACAAAUGUUCAUAAGCUGUCAUUAAGGAAAGGUCACAAAAUGAUGUGGAAAGUACGUUCUGUUUUUACUCCUGCACUCGAGUGGCAUGCAGCCUUUGGUCCGGGUCGACUGGUGCUUUUUGGCCCGGAACAGAAACAGGUGUUGGAUUUUACGCACGUAAAAUGAUCCCAACUCGUAACUCCUCGUCUCCUACCUGACAAGUCGUGUGUUGAAGGGAAGCUAUCUUUAGCACGACAGCCAUGCUAGCUACGCUACAUGCUAGAGAUUCUCUCCACUAACUGUACCGCGUCCAUCUCAGGAUUCAGUGAGGGAAGUAUUGUUCAUUAUCGUUAGGAGUCUAUUUUUAAAGAAAACUUGCUGGUUGUGACGACCCUGCAACUAAGGAGCGAACAGGGUGAUAUUUUCUUUCAAACUGAAAG